AUGCUGUCGCGACAAGUCUUCCGCUCCCUCCGGGCUGCUGCCCCCCAGCGUGCCGUCGCCCUCCGCGCCGCCCCGGUCCGGACCUUUGCUGCUGCCGCCUCCAGCGACGUCAAGCCGCCCAUUGCCGUCUUUGGCCUCGACGGCACCUAUGCCACUGCUCUGUACACCGCGGCCUCCAAGACGUCCACCCUCGACGCCACCGCCAAAGAGCUCGCCAAGCUGGGCGGCCUCCUCGAGAAGGACCCCAAGCUGGCCAAGAUCCUGGCCGCGCCGACGCUGACCCCCGCCGACAAGUCCGCCAUCGUCGCCGAGCUCGUCAAGCAGGCCGGCUCCAGCGGCGCCACGCUCAAGAACUUCCUCGAGACGCUGGCCGAGAACAACCGCCUGGGCCUGCUCAAGGGCGUCGCCGACAAGUUCAGCCAGAUCAUCGCCGCUGCGAGGGGCGAGGUCGAGAUGACUGUCACCAGUGCUCAGCCUCUUGACCCCAAGACUCUGUCUCGUCUGGAGAACGCCGUUGCCAAGUCUUCCUACGUCGGCCAGGGCAAGAAGCUCAAGGUCACCAACUCGGUCAACCCCGAGAUCGUCGGCGGACUCAUCGUCGAGGUCGGCGACCGAACCAUUGACCUCAGCGUCUCCUCCCGCAUCGCCAAGAUGAACAAGCUCCUCACUGACAACCUGUAA